AAGUCGUGUAUCAUUUGGGUAUUUGCUUUUUUAUAAAGAUACAAUGUCUAUUUUAUCACAGUUUGAAACAUCACUGAAAGAUCUAAACAAAUAUACACCUCAACAAAAAGCUUCUGAAGGAUCUUCCAAUAAUGGUACCGCUCUUGAUGUGAAAUCCUUAGCCAAUGGUAUCGCGACAACCGUGUUGACAGAUAUUCCAGAAUCAGAUUAUGAUUAUGUAUAUUCAUUACUAUUCCACCGGGAACAAGGUGUCUUGAACUUCCUACGCGCGAAUGUAUCUACAAGUGACCCUUCUAUCAGAAUUGGGCAAGUCAUUAUCUUAGAACUUAUACUCUCUAUUAUUCACAAGGGUCAAUCUGUUAUACAACCAUAUAUCAAGUUACUAGAGCAAUAUUGUAUUACCUUGACACGUACUGGAUCAGUUAAGGUGCGAUGCGCAGCUCUUGAAGUUUUAACUGGACUCGUCAAAAGUGCUACUUCUUUGGAUACUUCUGUACUUGAUAGCAAAGGUUUAUACGAAAAGUUUUCAUACGAACUACGACUUCCAACAACAACCGUACCAAAUUCGGUGAAAGGCUCUAUUUUGACAUUAUUAGGAACGAUUGUACAAUAUUGUCCUGAUAAAGUGGAUUCCUUGGAAGCUAGUUUAUUAGCAAGAAACUGUAUCAAUAUGGUCUCAAAUGAACUAUAUCAAAAACAAAACAGUGACAAUGCAAUCAUUGUUGGUGGUCUCAAUGGUCUUACUGCAUUAUUAUUAUGUGAACGAUAUGACGCUAAUACAUUGUCAAUAGAUAUCAAAACUAUAUAUUCUAUGCUCAAGACAGUGCUCGCUAUUCCUGAUGAUUUGGCAAGAUAUGCUGUUCCAAUUGCUGGACUCAAUCUCUUCACUGAACAUAUGUCACUCUUUGGCUCUUUUAUUGUGAAUGAUUAUGCUGAAAUAUAUACUCUUCUUCAAAAAUUAUGCGAACUCAAAAAUCGGGAUGUUAGCAAAAUGGCUUUUCGUGCCUUGGAAAGUUUCUUCAAGCAGCUGGGAACCACAGUUGCUCAAAAACAUGACACAGAAGAAACAGCUGUAUUCAAGUUCUUCAUGGGUAAAUUUAUCAAUUACUUACAACAAGAAAACGCCGAACUUGAUUUUCAACAAUUCUCAAUUUCCGUUCGUGGUAUUGGCUAUUUUGCAAAGGCAAGUAAACAACAACUACAACCUGAUCAAGUGACAACAUUACAAGAUCUACUUAUUAAACGGGGCACCUGGAUAUGUUCUGAGGCCAAUACAAAUCAAGAAUUAUUGACGACUCAUCUACCAUCGUUUAUACAAGCCUAUACCCAAUUCAUCCGAUACUAUGACGAUAUUCAACCAGUUUUAUUAUCUGUUCUCCACAGAAUGGCAGAUGCUUUUGUUUUGAAUUAUUAUCGACUAUCUGCUUAUACUCGACAACCUGGGAUUUUUGCUAUUGAAUCAGUCAUCAGGACUCUUUACUCCAAAGGAGAAGGAAUGUUACGUCACUUUUUGUCCAAUUUUUUUUACAAUGCUCUUAUAUAUACUUGCAACAGUAGCAACUUUUAUACCAAUACAAUCAUUGAUGAUGAUCGGCCUGUUUACAAAGAAAUGCUCUAUUUUUGGAAAUCGAUCCUCAAUAAUGAAUACUCACACAAAGGCCAAAUGAAAGAUAUCGGAAAACAAAUACAUUCAGCUGUGUAUGAUGAAUUUUUAUCAGCCAUAUUUCGAAUGAUCAGGGUGCUUAAUCUCAAUGUUGAAAAAGUGGAAGAUGAUAUGGCGGAUGAUACUUUGACAACAGUAUCAAAUCAACAACAACAACAGCAACAGGAUCAAAGCUCAAUCGAUUAUAUCCACACCAUAUCAAUGAAUCUAGCUCCCGUCAACCAGAAGGAUUUCAUAUUAUAUCAGAAUUUAGUGGAAUUUUGGUGUACUCUUCUUCCUCAACUUGACAAUCAACGUAUGCAAGAAUGGAUUCAAAUUGCUGGGGCAUCUCUUAUUCAAUCCAGUUUACAAAAACCUCUUGUUAGUGGAUUUUAUCGAAUGUUGGCUACUAUUUUAACAAUCACCAAUGAACUUGGACUCUUCCACGAUAUCUUAAAGUCUCGGGAAAAUCGGCAUCAGAAACAAAUUAUGAAAACACCUUUGCUCGAAGUAUACGAGAUAUUUUAUGAUUAUGUACAUCAAGUAUGGCACAGAAUGAAACAAUUCAAGGAUGAAUUAUUGGUAUCUUGCCUUCGAUUAAUUCUGGCUUCCCCAUUGGAUUUUUUUGACAUUCAUGAACUGGUAUUACCAUUACAAGCAGCAUUACGAUUUGGUUUGACAUAUUAUCCAAUGGCGACGUUGGCUCUGAAGACUUUGGAAAUACUUGUGGAUGUGGAUUCACCAACACAUACGGCAAUACAGUCUCAUCCGACCUUUUUUCAAUCAGUACUUCCCUUAUUCAAUGAAUAUCUUAUGAUGGAUCUCGGCUCAAAGUAUAACAGCAAAUCGGAUGCACAAGUACUGGAGAAAAUGAAACAUAGAAUGGCAACUGCAGCGUCUCGGAAACGUGGAAUGAUUCAUGACCAUUUGACCAAUGACCAAUUGGGUGCAGUAGAGGACGAAGAUGCUGACAUUGGAUUACGUGAAAUUCAACUUGAUAUGAUGAGAUUCUUGGGACGUCUGGGUGGUGCCAACAAGUAUAUAUUGCAUUCUGCAAAUGGGGAUUCAACAUUAGAAGAUGACAAUCAAUCGGAAGCAAUCAGUCACAAAGAAAGAAAUCGACUUGUAGCAUGGGAUCCUGAAAGACAACUAGCAAUCCAUGUACCAUUCCCUAAUGCAGGAAUUGAACUAUCUAUUGAGGAACUUUUACCUCGUAUCUGUGAACUUGCGGAAUCUUCUCCUAAUAGAAAAGUCAAAGUGGUAUCCUGUGAAUUUCUUCAUGGCCUUGUCUUGGUGAUGAUUGGAAAUAGCGCUUUUCAAGCUCGUGACAGAAAAGGUGCUGUUGCUUCAAGAUACCAUAAGACUUAUGAACGUGUAUUUCCUGUGUUGAUCCGUUUGGCUAUUGAUUUGGAUCAAGUAACUCGAGAUAUGUUUCGUGCUCUGGUGGCUCAAUUGAUUCAUUGGUUGACAAAUAAUGCUCAAUACGAAAACCCUGAAACAAUGAUACUUCUUCAAACUUGUCUUGAGGCUGCCUGUGGUACUAACGCUGCUCUUCGUGAUUAUGGUGCAACUUGUUUAUAUGAAUUUGUCAAGUGGUCUAUCAAGCAAACAAGUGCACAAGCUACUCAAAGUCCAAUGAAUAUGAAAUCACUACUGAAACGACUUUAUCAUCUUACAACACAUCCUAGUACUUCAAAACGUCUUGGAGCCUCUAUGAUAUUCAACCGUAUUUACCGUUUAUUCCGUGAAGAACAACCUUUGGUUGAUGAAUUUACUCUUGAACUACUAUAUCACUUUUUGUUCAGUUUACGAUUGGCUGAAAAUGAUCAUCCAUCAACAGGCACACAACAACAAACUAAGGAAUCUAUAUCUCAUAUUAAGAGAAUACUUCGUGUCAAAUCAAAUCUUUUUAUGUCUGAAUCUCCUAUUCGUCGUUCAUUCCCUGGUAUCGAACAUGCUGAUAUUCCUUCUUUGGUAGAAUGGUGCUUUCAACAAACUGGAAAAUCUCAACGUGAAUAUGCAAAGGCAUGCAUGGAUAUCUUUAGUGAAUUUGUAUUGGUACUACCUGAUUCCAAGAAUGGCAGAGGUUGGCUGAUGAAACGUAUAUCCAAUAAUAACAAUUAUUUAAUGGAAAUCUAUAGCCCUCCUUCACCAUUAUCAUCAUUCCUCUCUCGAGAUAAAUCAUCAGAAGGCAUGUUCAAUGAAGGUUGGUUGAAUGGUCUUGCCUCCUCUCUAGAUGGUUAUAUUUGGUUACUGGAACGUGAUAUCUUGACGCCCUCUAUGUGUUUUAUUCUUCAAAAGAAUGAAAAUGACUUCUCUUUAUCGGAUGCCUGCUCUUCCUGUUUUCAAUUGAAAGGUGGUAACGACAAGCUGACACUGAAUGGUAUGCUGAGGAUCAAUGCUCUCAGGACAUACGACUUGUAUCGCACUGUAUGUUUAUUAGUUCGUCUCUUGGAAAAUACAAAUUCAAAUGAUAGUUCUGAUCUUGACAAAAAGGUACAAAUGGUGGAAAAUACUGGUUUAGUGACUCUUCCAGAAUUCUCAAAAUGGUUGGCAUGCAUGUUGCUGCUACCUCAUCAACUGGUUGAUACUAUUCAAUCUGGUCAAAUAUCCUUCUCAACAUGGGUCACCGUAUCUGGUGUGCGUUCUGUUGCGGUUCGUUUCCUUGAUUUGGUUCAAAAGUAUUUACCCGAUUCUAUUCUACAACAUUGCUGUUCUGCACUUGGAGGAUUGAUGUCCUCUGAAAAUAUCAAUUCGUUGACUUUGGAUAGUCAUCAAGCGUCAUUGAGAGACACAAUGGAAAUGUUACAAGGUAUCAAACAAUUACAAGGAAUGGGACUGUUGGAUUUAACAUGCAAAAAAUGGAAUGAAAUCGAUCGAGCUAGUGGGCCCACUUCAUCCGAUGCCUUUUGCCAAUCUCUUUUUGACAAAUUUCUUGAUUAUCAACAAAUGGAUGAUCCUACACUGGUGGAUCUAUUGGGUAAUAUGGUCCAAAUUGCAUUCAAUCAACCUUAUUUUGUCAAAUACCAUGCCCUUGAACUUUUGGGAUGUGCGGAUGAUUCGAAUAGAAAAUCAGACAAGGAACUGCUCACUAUAUACAACCGCCACUCUAGCACUAUCAACAACUGCAUUUCAAUGAACUUUUUAUCCUUUGCGCCUUAUAUUGUGAAACACCUCCAUAGCCAAUAUAUCAAACAAACCAUCAUUGGUCUAUUUGAUUAUCUGAAAUUGGAUAAGAAUCGUCAUGCAAUGGAGAACAAACAACUAACUAAAGAUUUGUUAUCUGAUCCAACGUUUUUGACGGAAAUAUAUCGGCAAUGGAGUAACUUGGAAAACUAUACUUCGUUGGUGCAAGUGAUGAAAGGGAUUUUCGGUGCAAAUCCUGCCAUUUUACUGCAAGCCAGACAGUCAACAUCCGUAUACGAAACACUUAUCACGAUUAUGGAACAUUUAUUAGAUGGAUCAUAUUCAUUGUCUGUCAAGAGCGAGGCUUUUGAUCUACUACCAUUUUUCUUACAAUUGGAUGACCCUUAUGCUACUCGAAUUUCCAAACAAAUCAGAACCAUCGUAAACUCUCAAAUGCCUAUCUGCUUUUCAGGAAUGACUCCUGGUUCUGCUUCAUACAGCGAAGCUAUUCUUGCACUAGACAAACUACUCACUAUAAUGUCUACAUUCCAUUCGGUAGUUAUAUUCAAUGCUUUAGUACCAACAUUUAUGCAAGAUAAUGGUCAACUUUAUGAUGAUAUGAUUGCUCCAAAGAUUAGUGAUUUUGCUCAUGGAUUAGAAUUGUCAAGUUUCAAGGAAGUAUCUCAAACCUGCUUCGAUUAUUUCAAGGAUAAAAAUCUCUACAGUGAACAUCGAAUGAAGGCUAUUGAUUUGGUGAUAUCUAUUCUUAUGCUGGUGCCAUGGGACCAUGUUAUUGCUUUUUACGAAACAAACAUUAUCUAUAUUAUGGAAACACUCAAACAAGAAGAAUUACGACGUGGCUCGGAUGACGAAAUUAUAAUGGAUCUACGUGAAAAGACUUGUUGCUUCAAGUUGUUGGAAGUCUUGUAUGAACUGUUGCCAGUUAGACUUGUACAUAGUCCUCAAAGCAAAAUCAGUACCAUAUGGGAACAAUCUGAAAACAAACCUAGCCAGGGGCGCAAAAUGACCAUUGAUCUUGUUAGUCAAGCACAUCAAGCAAAAAGCAAAAAGCAUCUUUCUGAAAAUGAGUCCUUGGCAAAAACAAGAUUGGAGUACCAACAAGCUGCUUACAAUUCGGCUGCUUCGUCUAUCCUACGUACACAAAAAAGUGAAAAGUUCUUUGUUGGAUUCCUAUUUCAAGAAAAGCCUUCUGAACCUUUAUGGGAAAACUUGUUGGAUCCAACUGCUACAUUGGCAUUGACGGUAGAACUGAAACAACCUCUUAUGAAAACACGUAUCAAGGAAUUCCGUACAAAAUUCGGUCAGAAAAACGUCAAUAACAGUGAUUCUUCCUCAAAUGUGGGUUAUAUGGCUUCUGUGAAUUUGGCUGGCAGCAGUGUAAGCCAAGCAUCAUUAUCCGAAUUAGCACUGGAGUCUCUUGGUCGAACAAAACCCAUUACUCAAGAAACUACGACGAUCGAUCAAGCAGAAAUGGAGGAACUUGAAGCGGAAGAAGGUGAAACAACUCGUGAUGCUUCUGAAUUGGAAUUGGACAUAUUCAACUCUAAUCCUUGUAUGAAAUUAUUGACAGCGGUUAUCAACAGAUUACAUACAUCAAUCACUCCUCCCGAUGAAAAUGUGACUCAAAUGCCAUUAUGGAUGUUAGAAAUUAAUCGAGCAUUUACUGCUGAAAAUGCAAGUUUGAUGCAACGAUUAUUUUUGGCAAAACUGAUCAUCAACUGUCCUGAUGUAUUUGAACCUUAUGCAAAAUUUUGGAUUCGGCCUUUGAUAGAAUUGGCUAUCCGUGGAGAUGAAUAUGGUCAACCUCUCAAUUAUUUUGUCCAAGGUCUUUGUGUGAUUAUUGUCAUAUGGGGGAAAAUGGUGUUGUUCAAUGAUACUCAAGAUGACCGUUACCUUUUAUUCAAAUUUGUGAGGUAUCUAUGCCGAUAUUCCUAUCAUGAAAAUAAUGGUGUACUUCGAAACAAUAUUCAAGUUUUGAAAGGAGUAUUUGAAAACUGGAAAAAGUGGAUUAUUGUACCGACAAGAGCCAUAUAUCAAGAAUUAUCUUCAUCAACUGACAAGAAAAGCAAACGAAAUCAAGUAGGACUACAAAUAGCUGGGAUCGUUUUGGCCAACGGACUUGAUUUAUAUCAUUCUGGACCAGAAGUAGAUUUGGAUGGAUUGACAGAAACCGAAUUUUACAACGCCCUACUUGCCAAUUUCACUAAUCAUUAUACAGAAGUUCGUGCUGCUACAGCUGAGGUAGCUGCUUGGGCAUUGACGACAAUGAAAAAACAAGGACGAAAGGACACAAUAGCGAUUGAUUUGAAGGACUACUUUUUACGAAUGGUAUCAAAAUUGGAUCCUACCUCUACAAAUAUGAGUGAUCCUUCUCCAUUUGUUACUGUAUUAUACCGUUUACACCUCCACGAUGAUGAUCUUUGUCGACCCUCUAUUCCCAAGGUCUAUUAUUUGUUGCCGCAAUUGAAAGAUAAAGCACUGGUUUAUGCUCUUGAAGUUAUCAAGGGAUGUGUGGAUGAAACAGCAGGUGAUGUCUUUCAUGAAUUACAAGCGAAAGGUUUAUUGAAAAUCAUUAAUCUCAGAGAUGAUGCAACACAGAUAGCUAUUUUGAAAUUAUUAUACAAAAUAUCAGCGAAACUGACCUCUGAUCAAGCCGUAUAUAUCCUCAAUGAUUUGGUUAUGGCCUUUGGAAAUCAUAGCAAUCGAGAAUGCAGGGAUUAUUACUACAAAAUUCUACAAACGUUUUAUGAUAAAUUGAGUGGAACUACCCAAUUGAAAGACCAACUCAAGAUACAACUGUUACGUGGGCUCAUCGACAAUGAUGACUACAUUCGCAGCAGUAUGGGACUGUACUUGCAGAACAAAACGAAUAUGACUAACGAUAUUUACGAACGGGCCAAGAUUAUUCUCAAGGAACUGUAUUCACCUGAAGUUGAAGAUAUUUAUAUCAAUUAUGCAAUCCAGAUGUUACUACAAACAACAAUUGACAGCUAUGAAUAUGACAAACCCAUAUUUGAAAAUCCUUUGCCAAACGCACAUUUUGAUGACCAUAUUCAAGAUCUCAAUACUUCAUGGAGACGCAAUAUGUCGAUGACACCCCUUUUUGUUGCCUCACAAGAUCAGAUAUCCCAGUCUACUCAUCGUUUAGAAAAUCAACUUCGUCAAACGCAACAAACUUUAGAAUUCAGCCAAACCCAAGCUGGUGGAGGAGCCUCGUUGAUGUCAAUGUAUGGUGGAUCAUCUAUAUCUCCUUCUAUAACUCCCUCGAUAGAUACUGGUGUAACUCAAUCUCUUGGACCAACAUCUCAACGUGAUGAUGACAAUCGAAAAAGACAACAACAAUAUGCCAAGCUUCGACGCCGAUAUGUUCGAUCUACACCAGAAUCAACUUCAUCCUUUUUUAUCAGACGUCAAGAAAGAUUAAAGAAAGAUCUUCAAAAGUACAUGUUUUUACAGAAACAAAUGCGAGAAAAAAAAGUGACAAUGUAUCGACAGUAUCGUGUUGGCGAACUCCCAGAUAUUCAAAUCAAGUACAGAGAAUUGAUAGAACCAUUGCAAGCUCUUGGAAGGUAUGAUCUAGGUAUCGCUCGUUUACUCUAUUCUCAAUUGAUAGUAGCCAUUGGAACUAAUGCAGAAAGAAAUGCUUCAAAAGAGAAUUACAAGUCUGAUAUGGUGGCAGUGGUAGCAGAUCAUUUGGCUUCAAGUAAACUAUUCUUCCCCACAACUAUUGGAUCUUUUCUUCGUAUUGUGUUUGAAUUUGGAACCCAUGCUUUGGAUAGUGAAUUGAUCAAGUCUGUUAGUGAACGAAGUUCUAAUCAUUACUUGGGAAUUGCUUUAUUGGAACGUCAAAUUGGACAAGGAACAUCACUUGGUGUUGAAAGUGCUUCAAAACGUGCCAGACUUACCACAAAUCAAAAAUUACGUGCAAGCUUACAAGAAUGGAUUGGGUUGGCCUCAUUUUAUCAAGACAUUGAUGAACCAGAAAUGUUCGAAGGACUAUAUCGAACUCAUGUGGCAUCAAAGGAACUUCCCAAACGAGCGGUGAAUGCCAAACUCAGUGGUGAUAUUGCCUUAUCAUGUAACUUAUUCCAAGAAGCAAUGGACCUUCACCAUGAAGAUACUGAUCCGAAAGAGUACGAUCUAUGGGCAAAAGAAGGAUUACGAUGCUUUGAACAAUUAACUCAAUGGGAUGAUGUUUCAUACAAUGUGACGAAUGAUUUAUCUGGCAACUUUGGACAACUCUGGAAUAAGGAAUACAUGGUCCCUUAUAUGCAUUACUUUUUACGAAGUAAUGUCAAGUUGAGGAAAGGUAUACUCGAUGAAAACAAUAAUUUGAUACCAUGGACAUCCGACAAUCCCAAUCCGCUUAUCCCAUUUAUGAAGGACGCCAUCCAAUCCAAUGAUAAGUUAACAUAUUUGAUCGAUAACCAUGCUACUGAAAUCUCAUUGGCUGCUAUCUAUGAAGAUGACUUCGAUCGGGCACGUCACUAUAUACGUCAAUCUUAUGAUCCACUUCAUAUCACCUGGGUUAACUUGCACCCUUUAUCGAAACCAACACGCAUGAAGGCAUUAUCCUUGCUACAGAAGACUGUGGAAUUGGAAGAUUUUUUGGAAGUAGUGGGAGAAAUCCAACGGGCAGAGGUUAUAGAUGAAAAACUCAAUCGUUAUACGCGAACGCUUGAACGGUGGUAUCCUGAUCCUCAAUUGGAUGGAAUGGAACUUUGGGAUGAUAUCAUUGACUCUCGUACUGUGUUUUUGGAAACUUUAAUCGAACUAUUGAAGAAACAUAAGACAAACUACACACUGAAACCACAGCUCAGUGAGAUGAGGAAAACGUUCUUGUUGGAAAUGAUCUCAGCAGCACGGCAACAAAAUAACUUCAACGUAGCAAUUGAUCGAUGGCAACGAUUGCUUCAAUUGGGAAAUGUCGAACAGUACCAACGAAACUAUGCUUACAUCACCAUUGAACUUCAACGAUCACUAGCUACCGAUGAUCACUCCAAACAAGUACAAAUGGCAGCACGUACUCUUGGCUUGGUUCUGAACUAUAAGUUACCUGAUGACAAGUUGGGGGUGAGCAAUAACUUCGCCAUUGAAUUUCAUAUGACGGCUGGCCAAGUGAUGGAGGUAGCACGAAAUCAACUUCAAACGAAUACAUCUGCUUACCAAGAAUUCCAGGCCAACAAAGCUAUUACCAAACAAAUGCACAAGAAGCAAUUCAAGGAUAAAAGUGAAUUCAUUAGUUAUUUGACUCUACAAGGAUACAAUCAUCUUCGUACUGCAUAUACUAUGAUCUCGGAUGAUAUGUCAACAUUGGAGGCUGAAUGCUUAUGGAAAUUUGGUGAUUAUUGCGAUAAUGUUCUUCUAUCAAACGAAACUCAGUCUAAUGAAACACAAGUAAUGAUCAAUACCGCACAAUAUUGUCAAACAGUGAUCAACAACUUUUUCCGUGCUAUUCAUCUUGGACAUCGACAAGCUGCUGAACGGUUCCCUCGAUUAUUAGAAUUGAUUGAAAGAUAUCCUGAAACAGGUACUGAUUUCAAGGCCAACGCUGAAAAAGAUUCUGUCGUCUGGCGUUAUAUUCGAUGGAUUCCUCAACUUGUUGCUAUAUUGGAUAAGCCAACUGCGAAAUACAUCUAUCCCAUUAUCCUGAAGCUUGCGCAAGAGUAUCCUUCUGCUUUAUACUAUCCUUUCCAACUUAGUAACGAACAUUACGAAUGUUACAAAGAACAACUGGAUCCAACCAAUAGGAACAUGAUUGCACGUAUCAAGGAAAUUAUCAGAUCACCUCUCAUGGAAACUUUUACAAAUGAAUUACGACGUCUUACAAAUCCGGAACAUAUCGUCAAAGAUUUUAUCGACUUUAUCAUGUCUAUGGGCCAAAGGGUAGAUGUUAAUAAUACCUUUUUGGAUGAUGCUUAUCAACAAUUCAGUGAUUUGCUAUUGAAUCCUACUGAUUCUCGAUUCGGAACCAUUCCAAAAGCAUUUGCUGUGAAGCAUGCCAGCCAGCUCCGUGAAAUCUUAGGCAAAGAUGGAUCUAGUAUUCGAAGUAUGUCUGACAAACAAAAAAGCAAACUACUCAAGUAUUAUCAAACAAACAUUCAAAACCAAAAGAUCCCCGGUGCUUCUGAUCUUCUCCGUUCUUACUCUCCAUGGUUAGCCAACUUCCAAAGUACAAACUAUAAAGAACAGAUUGAAAUUCCAGGGCAAUAUCAUGGAAGAAGUAUACCUGAUCCUGAAUCCCAUGUGAAGAUAGCAAAUUUUGAUGAUCGAUUACUAGUAAUGGGCUCUUUGCGCAAACCGAAAAGAAUACGAAUUUAUGGCACUGACGGAAAGGACUCGAUGUUUUUAGUCAAGGGUGGUGAAGAUUUACGGUUAGAUCAGCGUGUACAACAAUUGUUUGCAGUGAUGAAUGAAUUGAUACAAAAAGAAUCUUAUUGUAUUCGACAUGAUGUUCAUCUUACAACCUACAAUGUGAUUCCUAUGUCAACCAAUCUUGGUAUGAUCGAAUGGGUACAAGAUACUGUGCCACUCCGAAACUGUAUUGAUGAACAAUUGAACAACAAAGGAUUGACUGUUCGUGUGCAAGAAAACUAUCGUUUGUUUGUCUCAAGACAUAAGGGUGAAGUCAUGGGCUAUCACAAUCUAUUUAAGGCAUCAAGAGACUCUGUGGUCAAAAACUUUGAACAAUUGACCGGGUCCUUCUCCGAUGACAUUCUCAAACAAUAUCUUAUGCGACUGGCUGCUACCCCUGAAAGCUUCAUCUUCAUGCGCAACAAUUUUGCACAUAGUCUUGCUGCUAUUUGUAUUGCAGGUUAUCUACUUGGUAUUGGGGAUCGACAUUUAGAAAAUAUUAUGGUGGACAAGAAAAGAGGAACUUUGCUCGCUAUCGAUUUUGGGCAUGCAUUUGGUUCUGCUACCGAACUUUUACCUGUUCCAGAAAUGGUACCUUUCCGUUUGACUAGACAACUUGUUGGUGCCUUGGAACCAUUGGGUAUUAAAGGAAUCCUUGAAGUUGCUAUGGUACAUGCUCUUGAUGCAAUUCAAAUGGAAAAACAAGUCUUACUUAACGUCAUGGAUGUCUUUGUCAAGGAACCUUUAUUGGAUUGGAAGAAAGCGGCCGCAAAACAAGCAAAAGCGCAAAAACGAGAUGGUGACAAUAAGUCAUCUAACUCUUCUGAUUUUAUGGCGGGCUCGGCUUCAUCGACAGGGUCAUCAAAUGAAUAUCAAUGGUAUCCUCAACAAAAAUUAGAAACAGCAAGAAAAAAGUUGAAUAGCAUCAAUCCAUCAGUCAUUGUAUCAGAAGAACUUGAACGCGGACAUCGAGGAAAAUCCUAUUUACAAGGAUUACAACAAGUUGUCAAGGGAGUCCCAGGAAUUGAUAUCAGAGCUGAUGUGGGUGAACAAUGUCAAGAUACUUUGGAACAAGUACAAUGUCUGAUCAAUUUGGCAACAGAUCCUAAUAUACUUGGCAGGACAUGGGUGGGAUGGCAACCAUUUUUUGUAGUUAUUUGUCUUGGAAAUAUCAAUUGAAUUUGCUUUUCAUUAUCUCAAGUUUUAACAUAAAUAGCACCAUACAAUCAUCGUCACCUUACAAUCAUACAUGGAUUCGACCUUUUUUUUUUUAUUACUUGAUAUUUUCAAUCAUCAAAAGGAAAGAAUCAUCAAUACAUCAUGAUGUUCUUUUGAUG